GCCGAUAGUCGAAGCGUCCGAUAGACACAACGCGAUUGGGGAACGGCCGGAGUAGACCUAACGCGUCGGAUUUGUUCUUGAGGAAGGUAUUACUUUCUGGAGAGAGGAAGGAACAUGGAGAAGUUUGUUCUGCUGCCAGUUUUGCUCCUGGGUGUCAUUUGCUGUGCUCCACUGACUGAAGGAGCUGGACCGUCCCCUCAAGAUAGAGAUGUCUGCAAAAGUGGAGCGACUGCCUCUCCACUGAGAGUGGACACCACCCAGAGGCUGAAAGACCUCCGCGCCGCCAUGAUCAACAGUGCAUAUGUCGGUACUGACCUUUUAAAAGGAUACAUCGUACCUUCAGAGGACGCUCAUCAGAGUGAAUACACGAGUGAUUUUGACGCAAGGAGAGAAUAUAUUUGUGGUCUCUCGGGCUCUGCGGGUACAGCUGCCAUAACCACCACCCAGGCUGCAGCAUGGACAGAUGGGAGAUAUUUCUUGCAGGCAGACGAUGAGCUGGAUUGCAACUGGAUACUAAUGAAGCAAGGUUUAACUGGUGUCCCCUCCAUCACCGAUUGGUUUGGCAGUGUACUCUCCAGCGGAGACAAAGUGGGCAUCGACCCAACCCUCGUCGGUAUAAGCAGGUUCCAGAGUUAUGAGGAGAAGCUGCAGAAAUAUGGCAUCAUCCUUGUUCCACUGGAGAAAAACCUUAUCGACGUCAUUUGGACCACAGGGAGGCCCGCAAAACAGAAAACAACGAUGCUUGUUUUGAAAAUGGAAUUCGCAGGUAAAACAUGGCAAGAUAAGGUGAAAGACGUCAGAAAGAAGAUGACAGAAAAAUCAACCGAUGCUGUGAUAGUGACUGCACUAGAUGAUGUGGCGUGGUUGUUCAACAUGCGAGGUUCAGAUGUGCCGUACAACCCUGUUUUUAACUCCUACGCUGUUAUUACAAGUGAUAAAAUACACUUGUUCAUAGAAAACCCGAGUUAUAAGCUAGUCCAAAAUGUAGUUACGCACCUUGGUACGAAAGCAGAUGGAAGUUGUGAUGUUGGGGUAGCAACUGACUGUGUACAGGUUCACGAAUACACCACAACACUCGAGACCCUCAAGUCUUUCAACAGUGACUCCAGCUUGAACAAGAUUUGGAUAAGUCCAUCGUCAAGCUACGCCAUCUACAAUGCUAUCAACUCGACAAAGCGUGUGAUGGACUAUACUCCAAUCGACUCGAUGAAAACGGUGAAGAAUCCAAUAGAACGAGAUGGGAUGAGGAGAGCUCAUUUGAAAGAUGCAGUGGCUUUGAUCGACUUUGUUCAAAUGUUGGAGAAGUCCGUUCAGAAUGGUGACUACUGGACAGAGCUGUCGGCUGAGGCAACGUUGGAGGGCUACAGAAGGGCCCAGAAAGACAACAUGGGUCUAAGCUUCCACGCGAUCUCAGCGUUUGGUUCAAAUGGUGCUGUGAUUCACUACGAGUCUUCCAAUGCUACGAACAAACAGAUUACAACCGGUGGAGUAUAUCUCCUGGACUCAGGUGGCCAGUAUUUAGAUGGCACAACUGAUGUAACACGUACAUUCCAUUUUGGGACUCCAAAUGAUUUUGAAAAGGAAGCGUACACCCGCGUCCUCAUGGGCGCCAUCGAAUUAGCCUCUGCAGUCUGGUCGGCUGGUGUAUUCGGCCGCGGGAUCUCUGCACUCGCGCGAAGCGCUCUCUGGCGUGUGGGACUGGACUAUAGGCAUGGUACUGGCCAUGGCAUCGGCAUGUUCCUCAACGUACAUGAAGGUCCAGCGAGCCUCUCCACAGCUUACAGAAAACACGAUAAAACUCUUGAAGAAGGAAUGUUCUUCUCAGACGAACCAGGUUACUAUGAAGCUGGGAAGUUUGGCGUCCGAUUAGAAACGAUCGUCAUGGUUGCAAAGGCAGAGACUCCGUACAACUUUGGUGGAAGGGGUUACCUCAUGUUCGAGCCCAUCUCUCUUGUUCCAUUUGAGAAAAACCUCAUCAAUUUGGAUCUCAUGACUGUGCAACAGAAAGGGUGGUUGAACAACUUCCAUAAACGAUGCCUUGAAGUAACUGGAGCAGAGCUGAAACGCCAGGGGAAGACUGAUGCUUACAAGUGGCUCCAGUCGAGGACAAAACCCAUUCCAGAAUAUGUCAGCUCAUCCAAUUGUAUCAAUGCGUCCGUCCUGCUAUCGCUGCUGUCCUUCGUUUACGCAAGGCUUUUAUAAUUGACCAGGUGUGGAAUAUGGAAAGAGGUAUCGUGGGGCCCGAACCCAACAUGGUUUUGAGGGAAAACGAGUUAAAUCAAAGCCCUUCGUCAUACCAGAUUGAACAUUUGAAUUUGUCCAAAGGUGUAGAUCGUCUGUUUUGGCGUUUACCCCACGGUAUCCUUUGCUAUUUUGAAUUCCACUCCCCGAUAUCGACGAUGAUCGUUUUGUCAAAACUAUGAAGUCAACUGAUUUGUACUUACAUCCAGGACAUGUAGAACACCCGGAGAUUAAUCAGAGAGCGAACGACAUCGCUGCCCAAUUCUGUAUAUACACAUAUACAAUAUGUAGCACGUUGCUAGCAGCAUCGAAUUGUACACUCAUAAAAUAAAAAUAAAAUUCAGCGAAAUCAAACACUCUUAUAGGGUUUUUCGACACAACACAUAUAUGCACCGGAGAGUUUUUCAGCGAGAAAUGAAAAACAAAACUACCAGCUAGAGUUGUUUUUUUUAGUCCAGAACCAACGGGGAUUUUUAUUAUGCCAAAAAGACAGUAGGCCUAUGGGCUGCUCAUUAACGCUGGUCGAAAACCUGACACAGUUUUACUUAUGUGGACUCUGUUGCAACGACCGACUCGGUCGCGUUUUCACAACCCAGAAAUGGAACAUUCUGUCUUGAUAUUUAUCGAGCGCAUUAAAACAUCAUCUUUGGGUGAAACUUAUCAGUCUUUGUCCAAAUGAUCGCAAAAACUUUUUGGCAACCUUGUGUAUCCCUGUUUAGUUUGUAAUAGAAUGUUCCACAGGGAAAAUACUUCCCAACAGCUCGACAAGCAGUCAUCUACUUUUCUUAAUUGCCGCGGAUAGAUACGGCCCAUCCAACUGUUACAUCAUAGCUUAUGUCGUAAACCGAUUGACAAAUUAAAAUUCAGAUGGAAAUUCAAAGCAGCGUGGUUACAAUGUUUUAUUUCUAAGCCUCGUUUCGACCACAGAGGUUGGCGAGACAACCAAAACCUCUUUGGGUGGUGUGAAAUGUGCCAAAAGCAGAUUUUCGGUAGAUUCUUCCUCGCAUGUAUCAAAUUUGAGGUGCUUUGUUAUGGAAAUAGAUAUCUCAUUGGAGGUAUUUUUUGUCUCACCAAACACCUUGUCCCAAACAUAUUGCUUGCUGUUUGGUGUCCGUUCACAUUUUUGCUUCAACUUACCAAUGUUUGUUGAGACGGCCACUACGUACCUCCAGUUUGCUACAUGUAGCAAUUGCUUCUUAAACUCCAUACUAAGAGAUGAUAAACACGGUUUUCCAUCUUUCUGAGCAUAGGCCUACGAAUUAAUUUUUUGUGAUUAAAUUUCCGAUCUCAUUAAAAAUCUUCAAUGAAUAAAUAAAAACGCAAAA